AAGAGGAGAACGGCUGCCUCUUGUUCUGCUGCUUCUUGUAAUUGCUAUAGGAAUUUCAUACCAGCAUCUACAUACAGCAGACAGAAACACAAUACAAUACCACCGGCAGCUCUGCGGUCAGCACCUUGUAUUUAAACCUGCUCUGCAGACUGCAAGACCAAACUCAAACUCAGCUUUCACACAGAAGGAAGUGACACAACAAAGAGCAAUGGUCUGCAGAGUGAUUCUUCUUGCACUGCUCACAGUAUGCAUAGCAUCUGCUGUAGAUGUUUCAGGGCACAGUGGUUCUCGAUGCUUGUGCCGCACCGUAAAGGAAGGUCUUCCUGUCAGACGCAUAACCAAAGUUGAAAUUAUUCCUCGGAGCAGCUCCUGUGACAAUAUUGAGAUCAUUGCUACCUUGAAAAAUGGGAUUCAGGUGUGUUUGAAUCCAGAGGCUCCAAGAGUACAAAAAGCCCUCAGCCGGCUGAUGGAAAGGAACAGCUCCAAACCAAAUCCAACUAUCUGAAAGUCUUCACUGAGAUCCCAAUGAAGAUUCAAUGGAAGAGGCACCUUGAUUAUUCCAUAGCUACCUUCAUUUAAAAAAAAAAAAAAAUUUCUAAUACAUUUAAUUAAUUGAAGUUAAAAUAAUUGAGUAAUAUAUCUUUAAAUAUCUAUCUAGCUAGCUAGC